GUCAGGCCAUGGGAGCAGUACUUUUUUCGUGGACUACAUACCCUUCCGUUCUUGGAGCUGACGUUGCUGGCGAAGUUGUUGAGGUUGGUCAGGCGGCCUCAUCAAGGUUCAAGCCUGGAGACCGCGUCCUAAGCCUAGCCCGUGGCCUUAUGUCGAAUAAUCCGGCCGAAGGUGCCUUCCAAAUCUACGUCGUGUUGUCCGCUAAGCUUACUACACACAUCCCUACUAACGUACCGUUCGAGGAAGCUGCUGUGAUCCCGUUGGGCAUCUAUACCGCAUCAUGUGGUCUCUUUCAAGAGGAUCAUCUGGCUCUGCAGUUCCCGACCGAACCCUCUUCGGAACACACAGGAGAGACAGUGCUUAUCUGGAGCGGUUCCUCCAGCGUGGGUAGCAAUGCCAUUCAGCUGGCGGUGGCUGCUGGCUACGAGGUAUUCACUACAGCCUCUCCCAAAAACUUUGACUAUGUGAAAUCCCUUGGUGCCAGCCAAGCAUUCGAUUAUCAUAGAUCUACUGUUGAAGAUGAAAUUGUCGCUGCGUUCAAGGGUAAGACCUCAACUGGCGCGUUGGCGAUCGGACCGACGGCUGCGGAUCCUUGCGGCAGGAUUGUUUCUCGUAUUAACGGGAAGAAAUUCGUUUCGUUGGCCAACCAUUUUUCAGGAGUAUUGCCAGAUGGUGUGGAGUCGAAGUUCAUUUUCAGUAUAGAUAGUGAUAUUGGUCCGAGGGUCUUCGAAGAGUAUCUCCCCUCGGCCCUGCAAGCUGAUACAUUCAAGCCCGCACCUCGCGCAGAAGUUGUCGGUCAUGGCCUUGAAUCAGUACAGAAAGGGCUGGAUAAGUUGAAGGAUGGUGUUUCUGCUACGAAGCUUGUCAUCUCUCUCUAAGACACCGUCUUUUUAGGAAUAAUAUGUUGGUAUAGCAAUCCACUUACUGGUAUGACG